AUGGCGGGGAGUGCUGUAGGGGCUGCGAGCUCGGGUAGUGAGGAUGCUAUGGUUGUUGAUAUGCCAAAAAACUUGUGUGCGGCGGUCUUGUGCCACAGACCCGCCCAUCAUCAUGAGUACGUUAUUUUGGAACUGUCGUGGCUUGGGCAAUCCACGAACAAAAGUCACAGAGUAAAACUUGGAUUUGAUGGUCUGUUCUACGUAGAUAAUAUUGGUUUGAGCGGGGGUCUAGCCCUGCUAUGGAGAAAGAAUUGCACAGCUAGUUUGUUGAGUUAUUCGAGAAACCACAUCGAUGUGAAAGUUACUGUUCCUGCUUCUAAUGCGUGGCGGAUGACGUGUUUCUACGGAUUCCCAGAGCGUAGUAAAAGGAGGGAAUCGUGGGAGCUGCUCCGGUCUCUCACUGAGGGUCUCCUUCGCGGUUUUGGGGAGACAGUGGAUGCCUGUGGACUAGCUCAACUACCUAUGAAAGGAUAUCGGUUCACAUGGGAGAGAGGAAGGGGUACUGACGGAUGGAUUGAAGAAAGGUUGGAUAAAGUUCUAGUCACUGACAGUUGGUUUACCCUGCAGUCGGGUGCGGCAGUGGAGAAUAUUCUGAUGCGUUCGUCUGAUCAUUCUGCUUUGUAUCUCUCUAUGCAUGAUACCUCUCGGAGAGGUUUGGGUGGUAGGCGGAGUUUUAAGUUUGAGAUGGCCUGGUUACUUGAUGAGGGCUGUAGGGAGGUUGUGGAGACUGCUUGGCAGGCUGGGAGGUCGGAUGGUUUUUUGGGAUGUCUAAAGGUUUGCGGUGACAAGCUGAUGGCAUGGGGAGGAGACCACUUCCAUAGGUUUGGUGAACAGAUUAAGCAGUUAAGAGUGAGUCAGAUGUCUCUGCGAGGCCGUAGGGACCUAGCUUCUUUGGCUGAGUUCCAAUGUGUUGAGGGAGAGUUGGCUCGGCUGGAGGCCCAGGAGGAUAUCUUCUGGAGACAACGUGCGAAGCAACACUGGUUGAAGGGGGCGGAUGCCAACACUCACUUCUAUCACAGUCGAAUGGAUGAGAUUAAGACAGCGUUGUUCUCUAUGUUUCCUAACAAGGAUCCUGGUCCUGAUGGUAUGAACCCGGGGUUCUACCAGCAUUACUGGGAUGUGGUGGGAGGGGAUGUGUCUGCCUUUGUCAUUGAUUGCCUGAAUUCUUGUACUUUCCCGGAAGGUCUUAAUGAUACUAAUGUAGUCCUUAUUCCUAAGAAGAGUGUUCCCGAAUCUGUGUCUGAUCUCAGGCCCAUUGCCUUGUGUAAUGUGGUGUAUAAAAUCAUGGCUAAAGUGUUGGCUAAUAGGAUGAAACACUUGCUGGGGAACAUCAUAUCCGAAUCCCAGAGUGCUUUUAUUCCCGGCAGGCUGAUUACAGAUAACAUCCUGGUGGCUGCAGAGGUAGGGCACUAUCUUAAUAGAAAGCAGAAUGGUUUGGUAGGGUGGGGAGCACUUAAGCUUGAUAUGCCUAAGGCUUAUGAUCGGAUGGAGUGGUCUUUUCUUCGCCGAAUGCUACAUGCUCUGGGAUUUGCUGAGAGGUGGAUUAAUCUGAUUAUGUUAUGUGUCACUACUGUCUCCUAUAAUUUCAUGAUAAAUGGAGUUAAUAGCGAACAUGUUCUCCCGACUCGUGAGCUCAGGCAAGGAGAUCCCCUCUCCCCAUAUCUAUUCAUUAUCUGUGCAGAUGGACUCUCUCUUUUCCUGCAGAAGGUUGAGAGGGAAGGUUUAAUCCAUGGGUGUAGAGUUGCAAGGGGUGCCCCGUCUAUUUCGCAUUUAUUCUUUGCAGAUGACAGCCUUCUAUUCUUUAAGGCUAACUCUCAGGAAGCAGGUGUUAUUAAACAUUGUCUAGAGGUGUAUGAGAAUUUGUCUGGUCAGUCUGUAAACUUCCAUAAAUCCAGUGUUUGUUUUAGCAGGAAUACAUCGGAGGACCAGAGGCACGAGGUGGCGCAAGUGCUUGGGGUUGUUCAGGCUCCCAAUUUUGGGAAAUACCUGGGCUUGCCAGCAUUUGUAGGGAGGAAUAGAAGGACUGCUUUCUCAUACAUCGAGGACAAGAUUCGACAGAGGAUUGGGUCUUGGAAUAAGAAGCUUCUCUCACAGGCUGGAAAGGAGAUCUUAUUGAAAACGGUAGCCCAGGCAAUGCCUACCUUUUCAAUGAGUGUAUUUUUACUGCCUCACUCUACGUGUCUAUCAAUUCAGAGGGUUAUGAAUAGUUAUUGGUGGGACUCUGGAGUUGAUAGGAGGAUUCAUUGGAAAGCCUGGGAUCGCUUAUGUGUGCCAAAAAAGUUUGGAGGCCUUGGUUUCAAGGACCUACGGGCUUUUAAUCUGGCAAUGUUGGGAAAGCAGGUAUGGAGACUGUUGAUCAAACCACAAUCUUUGGUAGCCAGGGUCUACAAGGCAAGGUAUUUCCCACGAACUUCUUUUAUUGAUGCUACUUUGGGAUCUUGUCCAAGUUACUGUUGGCGGAGUAUAAUGGCAGCCCAUGAUAUGGUUUGUGGGGGUGUAAGACGAAGAAUAGGAGAUGGGAAAACCACUCUAAUUUGGGGCCAUCCGUGGCUCCCAGAUGACCCAACUCCCAUGAUUCAAACCCCAAUUUGCUGCAAUGAAUGGCUCACUGGUUUCAGGGUUGAUUGA